GUGUCGGGCGACAGCAACGAUAGCGACCCAGCGGCGCAGCUGCCGAGAGCGUCGUAUUCGUUGACGCAACAUCGAUCGCGCACCUACCACCACAGGCCAUAACCUCUGCAUUUCCCGACGAGUUUCACCGCGACCCUGCGGAGUUUCGCCCUUCCGAAAACUUACGCGAGACUUACGCCGGCCUAAACGCUGACGACUUCAAAAUUCUCGAUUGCGUGCGGAAAGUCGUCUUACGAUUUUCAACGUGUGCCGCACAAAGUGAAGACCUUGAAGAACUCCAAUAGUCCGAGCGACCUUACGAACGACAGGGUAGUGAAUACACCACCGUUCCCAGGGUGGAAAUUCAGCGAGUCACCGCCUGAUGUAUGCCGUCAAAACUACACCAAGAGACAUUAAUGGCAGUUGAGUUACGGCACUGCCGUAGGACCAGACAUUGUGGAGGCUGAUACUCAACAAGUAGAGGAUUGAGAGAUCUAUGAAUAGCCAUCAAGGAGCAUGAAUGACCGUGACUCGUCGGCGGCUGCAUCGACGCGAAAUUCUUCCCGAUAGCGGCGUCGAUCGCAGACGUCGGCGACUGACGUCAUUAUCAUUCGCUCUAUCACUGACAACAAGCACACAAUCGAAAUCAUGGAGAAACAGGAGUUUUUGGCGAAUCUGCAUUACCUACCGAUCGCUGUCUUCGUCUCUCUGCCUACAGUCUUCAUUUUAACGUACGUAAUCGCAGUCUUAAUGGGACACGUGGAAGCUGGUUUUCCAUACAUCUCCGAAGCAGCGGCUACCGCACCAGAGAGCUGCAUUUUUUCCCAAGCCGUCAACAUAAUUGCUUUGCUCAUGGGCUUUAUGAUCUACAUAAGAUAUGCCCAAGUUCGAGAGUGCACCAGCGUCUUUCGCUCGUCGGCCUCAUUGCCGAAGUGGAACCAUUGGGCCUUAAUCUUCGGCCUACUAUCGACCGCCGGUUUAUCGAUCGUCGCGAACUUUCAAGAAACCUCGAUGAUCAUAGUUCAUAUUAUCGGUGCAUUUCUCUGCUUCGGAGGUGGUACCGCGUAUUUUUGGACACAGGCCGUAUGUUCGUUUUACUUACACCCAUUAGGAUGCUCAUUACGACUCGCGCACCUUCGUACGGCAUUAUCGACCUUUAGUACAGUCUGCUUCUUUGUAAUUAUCAUCACAGGCGUGCUGGCUCGUUUGGCCUAUAAGGGAACGAAUCCCCGGAAAUGGUACAAGGAGGACGGUGGGUGGGAACUGCACAUAGCUAGCACGAUAACCGAAUGGCUUUGCGCAAUGGCGUUUUGCAUUUAUAUCCUGACGUUCACGGAGGAGUUCAGGGACAUCCGGAUAAGUCAUCCAAAGGUAAUUCUGCUGAAAUACACACGGAGGAUUUUUCUCAAAGAUAUGAACAAACCGAAAAAAGGCGCCGGUGGCUACGUCAACCUCCUCUCGCAUUCGCCGGUCGACACACCCUGCCCCGGCUAUCGAUACCGCGAGUCCAGGGACAACCUGCUGGACGAGACGGCGCCGUUGAUGGCGACGACGCCGGCGGCGCUGCGCGAGAGGAGUCCCGAUGUCCUCUGCCCGGUGCAAGUACAUGUGCAUGACCCCACGGUGUGCGAACGACGAUGUCCCAGAGGUCACCGCGCCGAGAAGAGGCGUCGACGGGCCGUCGAGAAUCGCGCCUCGAAGUGGAUAGACCUUGACGAGAACGUCUCCCACGGUUACAUUCUGAUAGACGACAGGGACCUCGGCCCCGAGGUCCCUGAGAUCGAUUGCGAGGAAGCGCCGUUUUCCGAGGACGCCGUCGAGUACAACGAUGGGGAUGACGACGAGAACGAUGACCAUAACGACGAUGAUAGCCGUGACGAGAACAGUCACGGUAAGCGCGAAUGGUCGAUAUACAAGCGGUUGAAGAGAAGCGCCGCGAAACGAUACCGCGAGCUGGACCUUGGCGCGACCUAUCCGCUCGCGAAUAGCCACGGCAACGCCUAUCAGGAAUCGAGCAGCCACAGCAAGUACACGGAGCUACACUCGGGAUUUCGCGCGAAAAAUCCCGAAACGAGCCGCCGCGACUUCGACGCGACCUUCUCGUACUCGGUGGCGAACAGCCACAGCGAGCACGGCGGUCCGGCGACGGACGUCAGGGAUCGGACUUACAGGGAGGCCUCGGAAAGCGACAAUCUGGCCUGGGACACUAGACCAGGCGCGAAUUAUGAGAUGGCCAACAGUCACAGCAACUACCGCGUGUUCUACGACAGUCAACAUUACGGCAUGAUGCCUCCUUGGUCGUCGGAACUGUGGCCGGAGAAUCGCCGUGAGGAGGCUCGCGUUACGUCGGACGACUCCAAGGACGAUAAUGCGAGGAAGCAAGGUGACAACGGGGACAAAACUAGCGCGGACCAGACCGAGAAAGAUGUCGAACAAGACUCGGGUACGUCCUGCGACAUCGAGCAAUGCUUGGUGCAGAUCGAGGAGAGCCUUCUGAACAUCGAGCAGAACCUCCUGCAUGUUCAAGACUUGGAUAUACCGGAACUGAGGAACCUGCUCUACAAAAGCCCGAGUAUCGAGCGGAGCCUCUUCGAGGUGCAAGAUCUUCUCUACGCCGACGGCAUCGUGCCGGUUAUUUCCAAGAAGUCCACGUCUCUCGACUCCGACGAGGAGGAGGAGGAUGAAGAGGAGGAGGAGGAGGAGGAGGAAGAAGAAGUAUGGGUAGGGCAGAACUUAACGAUUAAGGACGACGAGGAUGGAGACGCGAGCGCGCCUCUCCUAACCGGCUCCAACGAGGAGUCCUCCGACACGGCGAACGUUGAUGAACAGAAUCCUUCAAGAUCGACCGAUGACCAUUGCGUCGACGGGUCCAAUAUCCAACGAGAAGAGGAGGAAGAUUCGAGUCUACAGAUGUGCGCGGACAAGACGAUGAAUUUCGUGCCCAACAGUCUCAACAAGACUCUGCCGAGAAGGAUUGUCCUGGACGAAGUCAAGGAGAACAUCAGGCUCUGCUCGUCCGAGGAGCCCACGAUUACGAUCGAUUACAACCUGAACAGCGCGUGCGCCGAGAAAAAGCCCUUCUGCCGCGACAAGUGGCACAGCAGGACGAACUCGUUGGACGAGAACUCGAUCUUUCAGAGCUCAGAGCUCGGCGACAAGCAGGAGAACGGUAAGUCCUCUUUACAGGACAUCUUCCUGGAGUCCACGAGCGGCCGUCUGGUGGUAAACGCGAAGGCACGAUCAGAGGGCACGUUGCAGACCAGGAAUCGGGAUAAGCCACUGCGACGCGACCGAGGAGGAUCCCACGAGGAACUUCUGCAGGCCGUCGAAGCGACGGCGGAGGACUUCCGGAAGAGGCUGGAGAGUUUCGCGUCGCAGCGACGAUCCAUGCUAGAUCGGCAGAAGAGGGUGACGCCGAAGUCUGUCAAGGAAGCAGCCUCGGAUAACACGGCGUCGCGAUCGCGAGAGAAGUCGCCCGUGAGGCAAGCGAAGCGCGCGACGACGGCUGGAAAGACUCAAGACAACGGCGCCGGUAAGAGCACCGACAAGCGGAAGAAGAAGAAAACGUCGGGCAAAAAUCAGAGCACGUCGGACAACGCUCUGGUGCCCAGCAAACUGAUCUCACUCUCGUUGUCGUUGCUCCUCGCAGCUCUCCUGCAGGCGGUCAGGUGCUUAACGGAUCUCGUGGAGGACGCCUUCAGGUCGGUCAGUUACGACAGAGGCGGCCUGCUGCAGUAAAACCGCAGCGAGCUCCUCGAAAGUAUCCCCCUCCCCUCCCCCAGAUAGUGGCGACAGGUAUUUGCGAACGUCAUCGGCGGAUACAUAAUAAAUAUGUAAGGACGAUCGACCGCGUCAGGUAACCAGAUCUUGGCCGUAAUCGUCCGAAAAUCGCACCCGAUAUCUGUGAUAAACGUUAUGCUUAGGGUUUCUCGGCGGUAUCGUGUUGCUCGCUGCUUCCAAAUAUCAAGAUCGAACAAGUUAAUAUUGUCAACGAGUCAACCGAGACCGGAGUCUGUACGCAGUUCGUCAAGAUGACGCGCUGUGAAACGUGAUUACGGUCGACCCGACGAGCGAAGUAACUCCAUUGCCCUCCGAGACGAUCUUCCGAGAGAUCUGUAUGUACGAGCACUCUCUGUGCGAGCAUACGCGUUAAAAGACGGACACAACGAAACGAGAUGCGAUAGUGCAAGAUAAAUCCUCUUAUCGAUGGUGCUGAAUACGGGCUAAGCGUGAACGAUAUUUAGUAUUACGUUCAAAAGUGCCUAAACCCAUCGCGUAUCACAUACGAGGUGUAGUACACUAUUGAUAACGCUAUUUAUGUCUACCUACAUAAACCUCUUUUUCUAAGGUGUAAGAUCAUUGAGAGGAAAUAAAGCGAAGUGAGACAAGAAAACACGACGCUCGAAAUACGAAAACGUUCCACA